AUACAGAUUAGAACAUUUUGUAUAGCUGUUAUGUUUGGUAGUUACGCCUACACAAAAUUAAGUUGCUGUAUGAAGAUUAAAAAUACAAUAUAACAAAUUCUGCACAGUAAUAAACAUAUACAUACAUCAGACUUAUUGUGUUCCAGAAAGACCACCGUGCCAUCGCUGCUGUAAAAUAUUUGAAAACUGAAUCAUGCAUGUAGAAGCCAUGAACCAUAUUCUUUCAUUUGCAGCAUUCCACGGUGUAAAAGAAUCGAUGAGCUCCGGUUCCUCCCCAUCUUCCUUACCUUCCAGUCCCCCCUCCUCCCUCGCCUCCACACACCCACAGGCUGCGCGACCCCCUCCCCCCUUCCAUCAUUUUCCCAUCUCCUACUCACUCUCCCCUCCGACAAACAUGGCUGCGAAAUCUGACGGUGCAGCCGUCUCUCCGCGAAACCAAACCCCCCCCGACUGUCCUUCCAGGACGGACCACCGUCCUCCGCCUCGGCAUCGCCUCCCCGCCGAGCAGCGCUACUCCGUGUCAGACUGCUGCUGGACCCUCUGCGCCCUCCUGGUCUUCUUCUCGGACGGGGCCUCCGACCUGUGGCUGGCUGCCGACUACUACCUUCGGAGGGAGUACUGGUGCUUUGCGCUGACCCUCGUCUUUGUGGUGCUCCCCUCCGUGGUGGUGCAGGUGUUGAGUUUCCGAUGGUUCGCCUACGAUUUCACCGACACCCCCGAGAGCGGCAAGGCUGCGGCGGCCGUGGUGGCGGCGGGGAGCGACUUCGGUGACAAGGACGGCGGUGCAGAGCGGGGCGCUGGCCGCACCUCCGCGGCGGCCGGGGUGCUGCCUGGGCCGGCCACCGGGGGCUGCUGCAGAGUGCUCAUGUGGCUCUUUCAGGUCGUCAUUCACAUCUUCCAGUUGGCUCAAGUUUGGAGGUACGUCCGAGCCCUGUAUUUGGGCGUGCAAAGCCGCUGGCACAGGGAGCCCGAGCGCCGUCACUACUACUGGCGCAUGAUGUUUGAGAGCGCCGACAUCAGUAUCCUGCGUUUACUGGAGUCCUUCUUGAAGAGCGCCCCACAGCUGGUGCUGCAGCUCUCCAUCAUGAUACUAGCUGGUCAGGUGCUGCCUCUUCAGGAUCUGCACCAAUAUCAAAUGGGUUCUUUGCCAACCCCAACCCAAAGUAUAAAUGAAAACAGACUUUCAGCGUCCGCCUCCCUGAUGUCCCUGGCCUGGAUGAUCGCCUCCUAUCAGAAAGUGUUGAGGGACUCCAGAGACGAUAAGCUCCCCAUGACCUACAAGGCAGUCGUCGUCCAGAUCUUGUGGCAUCUCUUCACCAUCGGGGCCCGCGCGCUGGCCUUCGCCCUCUUCGCCUCCGUGUUCCAGCUUUACUUUGGCAUCUUCAUCGUGGCCCACUGGUGCAUCAUGACUUUCUGGAUCAUUCAAGGCGAGACGGACUUCUGCAUGUCCAAGUGGGAGGAGAUCAUCUAUAACAUGAUGGUGGGCAUCGUGUACGUUUUCUGCUGGUUCAGUGUGAGGGAGGGCCGCACUCGCUGCAGGAUGCUCACCUACAACCUGACCGUGUUCGUGGAGAACGUAGCUCUCGCCGCCACCUGGUAUCUGUACGGCGGCACACAUACCUCAGACUUUUACGCCGUUGUUAUGGUGUGCGUGGUGGCCAGCAGCUACGCUCUGGGCACCUUCUUCAUGUUUGUUUAUUACUGUCUGCUGCACCCUGACGGCCCCGUCUCAGGUUGGGGCUACAUAUCGGAGAAGGAGGUGGCGGCGGAGGCGCUGGUGUCCCCGACCGCCAGCCUCCCCCCUGACCUGGUGAGCAGCCCACCCAGGACCCUGCAGAGAACUAAAGACAGAGAGCAGGGGCCCGGGAUGGACGGAGACGUGUUCCUGGUGCGAACACUUCGGGGAAGACGGGCCCCGGCGCCCCACCCUACACCAGGGACGGAAGGGCCCGUCAUCCGAAUAGACCUGCCCAGGAAGAGUUACCCCGCCUGGGACGCUCACUACAUCGACCGCAGGCUGCGCAAAACAAUCCUGGUGCUGGAAAGCGCGGCGCCGGUUGCUCCGAGGAUUCAGUACCGCUGCCUGGGCACGCCCAAAGAAGUGAUGGAGUACGAGACCACCGUGUGAUGGUGACCCUUCAUCUCCAUGACGACUGCCAAGCAGUGGAGACAAAUAAUGGGAGUGUUUUGGUUUGUUUUUUUUUCGCAAAUGCAAAUAUGUUGUGGGAUGGUGUUGCAUACAGUCACGGUCAAAAGUUGACACACACUUGUAAAGAACAUAACAUCAUGGCUAUCUUGAGUUUCCAGUCAUUUCUACAACUCUUAUUUUUUGUUAUAGAGCAGGGAUGUCAAACUCAAAUACAGAGUGGGCCAACAUUUUAAAAAUUAACCUUUUAAUAGGGACCCAAACAAGUUUUGCAUUGAAUGUUGAACAAGCAAGGCUUAUAUAACUUUAUAGUGACAUGCAAAAUCGAGCUUGAAAUAAUAAUAAUUUAACAUAUCGAUUGCAAAAUUUAAAUAAAAAUUGAAUGCCUCUUUUCUAUUUGCAGCCUUCUGAGGUAAAUAUCUAAAUAAACUUUUUCCAUAGGCUAAUAAUACAUUUGAAAAUAAAAUAACAAUAAUAAAUUAAUCAAACAUUCGAGCCUUAAAGUAGCAAGAGAAAGCACAUGAAUAAAACGUUAAUCAUUGCUACAAUGAUUUGAUUUAACACUGAAUAUGGAACAAGCAACGCAUAUAUAACUUAACAGUGCAAAAUCAACUUUCAAAAAACAAAAGGAAAAAAAAAUCAAAUUAAAUCAAACAUUUAAUGCCUCUUUUCUAUUUGCAGCCUUCUGACUUAAAUAUCAACAUUAACUUUUUC